AAUGAAUUUCGGAUAGAUCGAUGAUCUAGUCUUAGUAGAAGAUAAUUAGUCAGGAGCUACAAAUUACAAUUAAAAUAAGGAUGCAGAAUUUAAACCAAGAUUUCCCAGUAUUCCAAGUUUUCCUCGUACAGGAUUUCCACCUGCUCCUAAUCAAGGUUUUCUCCAUUCUCCAAAUCAAGGUUUUGCACCUCCUCCAAAUUAAGGUUUUGCACCUCCUCCAAAUCAAGGUUGUCCACCUCCUCCUAAUCAAGGUUAUACACCUGCUCCUAAUCAAGGCUAUACAGCUGCUCCUAAUCAAGGUUUUCCACAUGCUCCUAAUCAAAGUUUUACUCCUACUAAUCAAGGUUAUACACCUCCUCCAAAUCAAGGUUUUCCACCUCCAAAUCAAGGUUAUACACCUCCUCCAAAUCAAGGUUUUCNUACACAAAUGAUAAAAAGCGAUUUAUAUAUAAAAAUCAAAUAUAUUAUAUUCAGGCUAAGAUCCCCUUUUAUAAAAAGAUGAAUGUUCAAUAGAAAAGUCAAAUAUAUUAAAAGUUACUGAUACUUAUUAUUCUUUUUUAAUCAAGUUUGAUUAAAAAAAGAAGGCUAUAAUAAUUUAAUUAUUAAUCGAUCGAUGACGAGAAGUAAAUUCUUUUAAGAAAUUUUAUAGUAAAAAACAGUUUAAAAUAGAUUUGACUUAGUUCAG